ACAUUUCCAAUUUCAUUUUUGGUUUAGUUGGGUAAGUCGUAAGUCAUUCGGUCGUCAUCGGCAGUACUCCAACGAUAAUUGUUAGUCGCAUAAUUAACGUGUGUUAUUGUUUUAAUAUUCAAACGGACAUUUUAAAAUGAAAUACGUAAUUUUUGCCUCGUUAAUAGCUGUUUUAGCAGCAGAAACUGCAGUUAAAGCUCCACCUCCUGAGCCUGAGCCUACACCUGCCACCAAUGCUUCGACUACUCCGGUUCCAACAACUCAUGCUCCUACCACUCUUGCUCCUACAACUAAAGCUCCUACCACUCUUCCUCCUACAACUAAAACUCCUAUCACUCUUCCUCCUACAACUAAAACUCCUACCACUCUUCCUCCUACAACUAAAACUUCUACCACUGCUGCUCCUACCCCCCCUCCUACUAGUACACCUGUACCUCCUGCGCCCUCACCGUCACCGUUUCCUCCAGCUAAUCCCGGCGAUCCUUCAACUGGUUUGUGGUCCAUGCAUUACGGGGAUACCAAUUCCAGUUGCGUCAUUUUGAAGGCUGCAAUUCAGAUCGAAUUUCCUUACACUGAAAAUAAUAAAUCGUCGAGGGGUUUGGUUAAUGUACCUACGAAUGCCACUGUUGAAGGAGACUGUAAAGAAGAUGAUAAAACGCUUACGUUGAUGUGGUAUUAUAAAAAUGAUACCACCAAUACAACCAAGAACUCCUUGAUCAUUGAAUUCGAAGAAUCCAAAGACAAGUACCAAGUGAAGCAGAUAAAAGUAAACAUCAACCCCAAAAUCACUUUUGCUGAUUACAACGGAACAGAACCAAUAGUGUUGAUUUAUAAUCACACUCAUUUCACAACAAGCUCGUCAAAAUCUUAUAAAUGUGAUAAGGAACAAACCCUCAAUUUAACUGAAAACUCUAAUGUCACAGUUGGGUAUCUUCAUAUCUGGCACACUCAAUUCCAGGCUUUCCACAAUUCCUCUAGCCAGGAGUUUGAGUCAGCUGAAGAUUGCGAACCCAUAAGUACUUCGGACGUGGUGCCUUUGGCAGUGGGUUGUGCUCUAGCUGCUCUAGUUAUAAUCGUUCUUGUGGCUUACCUGAUUGGAAGAAAACGUGCCCAAGCCCGGGGAUACCUUUCCAUGUUUUCCCAAAACAAAAAAGAAGCUGAAUACAUCCCCAUGAAAACAAUAUCUUGUUUUAACUAAUAUGGGUAGUUGUGCUUUACUCCAAACUUGGUUUUUCUUUCCUUCUUUUACUAAUUAAUUUAAGAUUAAGUUUAUUUUCCAUAAGAUAAAGAAUGAUAGCGAUACGAUAAGAAACUCAGUAAAAAGACUUCGUUUUAUUCCUAUCAUUCAGUAUUUAUUAAUUUUUAAUCACUUAAACGUGCAAGUGAUUUUAUUAAAGCAGACAAGUUAAUUGUAGUUUUUUUACUUAUUUAUUAUUAUUCAAGUUUUUAAGCAUUAAGAAAUAAUUAUAUAGGGUAUGUUAGUGUUGUUAUUUCAAAUAUUGUGAUAUUAACAAUAAUGAGGUUGUAAAAGAUAGUAUAAAUAAACUCUGUUUUUAUCAGAGUUAAGAAAGAUGCCGAUUGUGAAAUAUACAGUUUUAUCUUUUACCACCAUGUAUUUAAUUAUAAUGUAAUUCAAAUUGUUACUAUCAAGCAAUAAAUCGAUUAUUCUAUAUUA